CAUUUUUCAUGGGCUAAGAGUUUCUCUGUAACUCUGGAGAGAAUCGCCGAGAAACUCUACUUUGCCCACUCUCUUUUUUUUCCAUUCGUAGCAUUUUUCUUGUCUCUGCAAAAACCCUAAUUUUCUCUCCCAAUUUCUCACAUACCCCCAAAUUUCCCGUACCUUCUCGCACUCAGUUUCCCGCAGAUUCUUGAUUGCCAAACAUGGACUUAGCCACGAAGCUUCAGUGCAUUGAUCUCCGGUCAAGCUUCUUCACCGGCUCGGCCCUUCUCGAUGCUCGGAAAACCGGUUUGCGUCCUCAUUUCCGUCCACAUACCCGGUCGAUUCCGAUUUCUGCAUCCACACAUUCCAUAACAGGUAGUAAUAGUUCAAUCAAGGCAAGUGCUUUAUUCAAUUCCAGAACCAGGAGCUCUAUGGUCUCUUCGAAAGCAGUGGCGAUGGAUACGUCGGUGGCCGAGACUAUGAGUCGGGAGGAUAUUGAGUCGUUGUUUUCGAACAAUUCGGUGGAUGAGGCUUAUCAGAAACGUGUGAAUAAGCAAUCGAACAGUGGCGCCUCGAGUAUUUCAUCGGGUGUUAGGUUGGAGAAUGUGAGUAAGGGCUAUAAGGGUGUCACUGUAUUGAAAGAUGUGAGUUGGGAAGUGAAGAAGGGUGAAAAAGUGGGUUUGGUGGGUGUUAAUGGUGCAGGAAAGACGACCCAGUUGAGAAUUAUCACGGGUCUGGAAGAACCCGAUUCGGGGAACGUAAUUAAGGCGAAAAUGAAUAUGAAAAUCGCAUUUUUGAGUCAAGAGUUCGAGGUUUCAUUGAGUAGGACGGUGAAGGAAGAGUUUAUGAGUGCGUUUAAGGAGGAGAUGGAGAUAGCAGCAAGGUUGGAGAAGGUCCAGAAGGCGAUUGAGAGUUCAGUGGAUGAUUUGGAGUUGAUGGGGAGGCUCUUGGAUGAGUAUGAUUUGCUUCAGAGGCGAGCACAAGCUGUUGACCUGGAUGAGGUUGAUGCGAAGAUCAGUAAGUUGAUGCCAGAGCUUGGGUUUGCCCCCGAAGAUUCAGAUAGGUUGGUUGCCUCAUUUAGUAGUGGGUGGCAGAUGAGAAUGUCCCUAGGGAAGAUUUUACUUCAGGAGCCAGAUUUAUUACUAUUGGAUGAGCCCACAAAUCACCUUGAUCUUGACACAAUUGAAUGGCUUGAAGGUUAUCUAAACAAGCAGGAUGUGCCCAUGGUGAUCAUAUCUCAUGACAGAGCUUUCCUUGAUCAGUUGUGUACAAAAAUUGUGGAAACCGAUAUGGGUGUAUCCAGGACAUAUGAAGGAAAUUAUUCUCAGUAUGUGAUUGCAAAGGCAACAUGGAUUGAAGCUCAAUAUGCAGCAUGGGAAAAGCAGCAGAAGGAAAUUGAACAGACAAGAGACUUAAUAAGCAGGCUAAGUGGCGGAGCAAAUUCUGGCCGUGCAUCCACUGCUGAAAAGAAACUUGAAAAACUUCAAGAUGAGGAACAGAUUGAUAAGCCAUUUCAACAUAAACAAAUGAAGAUCAGAUUUCCUGAGCGUGGAGUGAGUGGAAGAUCUGUUUUAGCAGUUAAGAAUCUGGAAUUUGGCUAUGGGGAUAAGGUACUAUUUAAAAAGGCAAACCUUACAAUUGAAAGGGGAGAAAAAAUUGCAAUUAUUGGCCCAAACGGGUGUGGAAAGAGUACUUUGCUUAAACUGAUUAUGGGCCUAGAGAAGCCUAUAGGAGGUGAACUGCUGCUUGGCGAGCAUAAUGUCUUACCAAACUAUUUUGAGCAGAAUCAGGCUGAGGCACUUGAUUUGGAUAAAACAGUGUUGCAAACUGUAGAAGAUGUUGCAGAGAAUUGGAAAAUUGACGAUAUAAAGGGACUACUUGGGCGUUGUAAUUUCAAAGCCGAUAUGCUUGAUAGAAAGGUUUCCCUUUUGAGUGGUGGUGAGAAGGCACGUCUUGCCUUCUGCAAGUUCAUGGUAAAACCUUCAACUUUGCUAGUAUUGGAUGAACCAACCAAUCACUUGGAUAUACCUACUAAAGAGAUGCUUGAGGAGGCAAUAACAGAGUACAAGGGCACUGUUGUUACAGUUUCUCAUGAUCGAUACUUCAUAAAGCAAAUAGUUAAUAGAGUAAUUGAAGUUAAGGAUGGGAAUUUACAAGACUAUGCAGGAGAUUACAAUUAUUAUCUGGAGAAGAACCUCGAUGCAAGAGCAAGAGAGCUUGAACGCGAGGCAGAGCUUGAUGAGAAGGCCCCUAAAGUAAAAGCCAAAUCCAAGAUGUCAAAGGCUGAGAAGGAAGCCAUGAAGAAACAGAAAAGGCAGGCAUUUCAGGCUGCAAAAGCAAAAUCCAAAGGGCUGAAGAAUGCAAAGAGAUGGAAUUGAGUGAUGUUCUUUGUAAUUUUAUCUGGGCAUCCUCCUCCAUUGUUAACUAAUUUUACUCUGCAAAAGCAGCAGGGAGAUCAAGUGGCUCUUUGUUUGCCAUGUACUCUUUGACCAUUUGUAUAUAAAUAUAAAUAGAAGUAGACAUUUUUCCAAUUCAA